AUGAAAGAGCUGCUGGAAGCCUUAAAGAAGGUGAAGGCCGAUAAAAAAUCGAAAGCCGAGCUUACCGUCAAGUCACCCUUCACCAAAAGGGUUAGGGAGUCACCCCUACCGCGUAUCUACAGGGGGGUUGGCGACGUGCGAUUUAACGGAACCACGGAUCCCGUGGAGUAUCUUAGCCAGUUUGACACUGAAAUAGAGGUCUACCAGAUUCCAGACCUCACAAAAUGUCGCUUAUUGGCUGCCACCCUCAGGGAUGAUGCUCACCACUGGUUCAAGAGGCUUCCUGCUAAUUUUAUCAGCUCUUGGAGGAAAAUGAGUGAGCUGUUUGUGGGACAAUUCCGGGCUUCCGUUACUUAUGCCCCACCUGCCAACACUCUAGCUAAUAUUAAGAAGAAGGAGCACGAAACACUAAGAGAGUAUUUCAAACGCUUCAACUCAGAGGUGCCCCGUGUCAGGCCAACAUCAAAGGAAACCCUAAAAAAUUUUUUGAUAGUAAGGGUAAGGCCUGGAACAGACUUCUGGAAGGAGUUGCAAGGACGGGAGCCCGAAACCCUGGAUGACUUCUUUGCUAGGGCAGAACCCCAUAAGGUGAUCGAGGAAUCUCUAGCCAAGCUUAAGAAGGAGUCGAAGUCUGAAAGCCGUAGUAGCUGGAAAAACAAGAGAGACAGGUCUUACAGCCUAGAUAGGAGGAACACCUAUAAGAGGAACCCCUAUAUAAGGCCUACUGGUGAGAAGUCCUCGAGCCGAGACGGCAAAACCUCAUCCAUUACUGUGAAUACAACCAGCACGCAAGGCUUCGACAAGUCAAGGCUAACGAUGAGGAAGACAAGAGAGGCAAGGUACCAUGAAUACACGCCUCUGACAGCUCCCAUAGAUCAUAUUUUCGAGGUUGGAGACAAGGCGAUACUCUUCCGCGAGCCCUUUCGAAAUGGACCCCCUGGAAAGAAAGACCAGGGGAAAUAUUGUGCUUUCCACGACUUGAAUGGGCAUGACACAGCGGAAUGUGUGCAUCUCAAGGACCACAUAGAAGAUCUCAUUAGAACCGGAUACUUGACAGAGUUUGUAGCCCAAGAGGCUAAAAAGUAUAAAGAAAAGAAAGCUGAAAGGACAAGUAAUCAGGAAGCCAACCGCAACACUCGGGCUGGCAGUGUCCGAAUGAUCAUCGGGGGACCCUUCGUGGGAGGCCAGGGACGCAGUGCUAUGUAG